CGCACGAUUUCAGUAAAACUGUUUGAAUUCUGGAGUUUUUUUUUCACGUUCUAUAAUAAUUUUCAGCAUAGCGGUAAAAAAAAAAAAAAGAAAAAAAUACUGACGCGAGUCCGCAAUAUUUCAAUCUAUGCAGAGUAAAUUCACUGCAGCGGCACAGGCGAAGCAAUUGGUUGGAAACAAAAAUUCCAUAGCUCAAUUCGAAUGGAUAAAUCGACCCAUGGGAUAGUCGUAGCUGUACAUGCAAUCGAGUCGGCUCAUACGAACGGCGGAUUCAACAACAAAAAGGAAAAAAUAGAAGACGGAACGAAUGUAGAAGAAAAAAAAAAAGGAACGAGCGAGCUGAAAAAAAAACGUGGAAGAAAAACCACAGCGUUGAAAGAAUAAAGGAACCUGACAAACAGCACCAUCAAACAAACGGAUAAACAAAUAUCUCAAAAAGUGUAUUCAUACGCCAAGAAAAACGUGAGUAAAAAUUAUCCGAUCAUCUUGAUGAAGCCCGCAAUAAAAGAAGAAAGGUGGAGAGAGGACCGCUUAUCGCAACUAUUAGUCAUUGUCGUCGGUCGCGCUUAGCUCGAAUGACCGAGCAAAUUCUCCGGCAUUAGUACCGCAUCGCGUGAUCCGCAGACCACGAGUCGUGCAAUUUUGUCAGGUCGUUGCCGAAGCUCGUAUCACCGUGGCGAAUGAGAUACAACUGCCAAGUUGUGGUCGAAUUAUUCACACGAGCACUACGGAAUUCGACAUGCGGAUCCGCGAAACUUUGGCACAAUAAUUCAGGAUGAAGAGACUCGGGCGAAACGUUGCGGCGACAAGGAUGCGGGAAUUGAACGUUGCAUUGCGGCCGCUUCGAAUCGUGUCGCAGAUUCUGGGCCUGAACAUACAGGGAAAAUGGGGUAGGGCCUACACACUCUGGGUCUUCCUGGUGGUGGGAGGGCUGCUUUACGGGAGUUUCGUCUUCCUGUUGAGCGGAAAGGCGGAGACGCUGACCAACAUCGACUCGCUGAUUUUGUGGGCGCAGGCGGCGGCGAACGCGAUCCUGGUGGCGGUUAUCCUGGUCACAUGCCUCGUCCAACCGCACCGUUUCCUCUUUCCGAUCCAGGACAUGAGACGGGUCGACGUGGUGCUCAGGUGGCUUGAAACCCCGUUGAAAACACCGCCUCGCGGACUAAUCGCCAUCAGCGUUUCUUCUGCUUUCAGGUAUCUCGGUGCCAGGAUAACGAACGCGUGGCUCCGCCGCAGGCAGCUCGUCCAGAUUUCAAUGUCAUUGGCCUUCCCGGUGGUCCUUGGAUACCGGGACCUCUUCAAGAUGUUCCAGUUCAGCUCUGUCCUGAUCCUCGUCCACUGUCUCUGCUACGGCUACGCGGUCUCGUCCACCAUGGUCAUCGACUGCCUGUUCGUCGAUUACCUAGCCGUGAUAACCGACCGGUUUUCCGAGCUCAAUCGAGUGCUCAAGGCCUUUGUCGAGCAUCGCAAACCGCCCGUUGGCCUGGGCCUCGUCUUCGUUGCUGCCGACUCCGAUCGAGGAACCCUCGGCAAGGAGAACGCGAGGAUCGUCGCAAACGUCGAGAAACUUCGACUAGCUCAUCACGACCUUUGUGAGAUCUCGAAGAAGGUGAACGGAUCCUUCGGUGUCCAGCUCCUCGCCAUCACAGCGAUUUCUCUCGUCAUGGUGACCGGGCAGCUCUACGAGGCUUACCACUUCAUCCUGCUGGAGCAGAAUCCCGCCGAAAUAGCAGUCCAGAAGGUGAUGUGGUUCACUUUCUACGUCGGGCGUCUUUCCUACGUUAGCUACGCGUGCAGUCGGGCCAGCAACGAGGCGAGUCGCACCGCUGUUAUCAUCUAUGAGAUUCCUUUGCACCAGGCGUCGAGCCUUCUGAGCACUCAGAUGUCUCAAGAGAGUCUGAAUUUCAACGCCUGCGGAUUCUUCACCAUCGAUCGGAGACUACUCAGUGCGGUAAGUUGUAGCAUUGAGAGUCUUGAUCGGACCGCGUCAAGCCCUCUAAAUUUCGUUCCAGAUCGUUGGAGUGGUUUCAACCUACUUGGUGAUACUGAUACAAAUGGACAGGAAAACAGUAUGCAGUUAGGUCACGAUGACGAAUUGGGUAACGUCGAAACAAAUUCACUCACGCUUGUAAAACCGAUCAAACUCAGGUCGAAGAAUCCGUCGCAUCGGUCACGAAAAAGAGCUGCUCCUGGACUUGGAAUGAGAUGUGGAAGGCUUCGUCAUGAAAUUUGUGAAACCCUUUCUUGAUCCGCAUUGCGUUGAUCGGAGAGGCAGUCUUGUUCGCCUGCAAGACAAAUCGAUAAUAAUAUCAGCCAUUCAGAUGAUUGAGAGACUCGGCGGGGUCUCGAGAAUAAAACGCUCGCCUCUGCGCUGGUGACAUAGCGGGUGAACACAUGAGCGAAGCACGGGUGGUCCAAGUGCAAUUCGUUCAGAGGCCUUCGACCAUGCCGUUUCACCGCUUCGUAGUUCCGAUAGAUCUGCUCGGUGAGGAAUUAUGAAAUAAAGAAAUAUCAGUUGAAUCACCAAGUCGAACAAUUGUUUUACCGAAAGAUUAUUUAUCCGAAAAAGGUUUUUCAGGAUAGUUUGUAUACCCAAUGAACAAAUCACAGAAUGUAUAAGAGAUGUGGAAAAUUGAUAUUUAUGAAUUUGAAAUUAAGAACGGCAAACACUUUGAAAAUCCAAUGAACCGAAAAAAUGUGUCGAAAAUAAAAGUUGCCAAGAAGUAAAAUUUCGAUCCGGAAAAUGUAGAAUGACCAAAGCUCCGAAUGAUAGGAUGCGCUUGUCCCUGGUAUAGUGCUGGUAGACAACGACGGUAUCUAUUAACCGGCACUGAAACUGGUAGAUAAUAUGCUUUCGUUGUUUUGGCCCUUCUGUACGAAUGAGAUUCGGUACAUUGACUUUUCGAGUUAUGGAUGUUUCGCUUCGAUAAAAUUCGGAUUUGUGAAU